AAGUAAGAACUGCAGACAGCAGGAAGUGCCAUGAAAAAAAUGAAACGAGGUGCAGCCAUGCAGGAAAACCUCAGAUUUGCUUCAUCGGGAGAUGAUGUUAAAAUAUGGGAUGCCUCAUCUAUGACGUUGGUGGAUAAAUUCAACCCACACACAUCACCACGUGGAAUCAGCUCAUUGUGUUGGAGCAGCAAUAAUAACUUUCUAGUGACAGCAUCUUCCAGUGGCGACAAAAUAGUUGUUUCAAGUUGCAAAUGUAAACCUGUUCCACUUUUAGAGCUUGGUGAAGGGCAAAAGCAGACAUGCAUCAGUUUAAAUUCUACAUCUAUGUAUUUGGUAAGCGGAGGCCUGAAUAACACUGUUAAUAUUUGGGAUUUAAAAUCAAAAAGAGUUCAUCGAUCUCUUAAGGAUCAUAAAGAUGAAGUAACUUGUGUAACAUAUAAUUGGAAUGAUUGCUACAUUGCUUCUGGAUCUCUCAGUGGUGAAAUUAUUUUGCACAGUGUAACCACUAAUUUAUCUAGUACUCCUUUUGGCCAUGGUAGUAACCAGUCUGUUCGGCACUUAAAGUACUCCUUGUUUAAGAAAUCGCUACUGGGCAGUGUUUUGGAUAACGGAGUAGUUACUCUCUGGGAUGUGAAUGGUCAGAGUCCGUACCAUAACUUUGGCAGUACACAUAAAGCUCCAGCUUCAGGCAUCUGUUUUUCUCCUGUCAAUGAACUGCUGUUUGUAACUAUAGGCUUGGAUAAAAGAAUCAUUCUCUAUGACACUUCAAGUAAGAAGCUGGUGAAAACUUUAGUGGCUGAUGCUCCUCUCACUGCAGUAGAUUUCAUGCCCGAUGGAGCCACAUUGGCGAUUGGAUCUUCCCGUGGGAAAAUAUAUCAGUAUGAUUUAAGGACGUUGAAAUCACCCGUUAAAACCAUCAGUGCUCACAAGACAUCUGUGCAGUGUAUAGCAUUUCAGUACUCCACUCCUCUUUCUAAGUCAAGUUUAAAUAAAGGCUGUUCAACUAAGCCCACAGCUGUGAGCAAACGAAGCAUUAAUGUGAGCGCCGCUAGUGGAGGAGUUCCGAAUUCCGGAAUUGUCAAAGAAGUGAGCACCCCUUCCAUUGCCACGGUUCUGCCACAGCCCAUGACAACCGUUGUGGGGAAAGGAACAGUUGCUGUGCAAGACAAAGCAGGACAAGUACUUGACUUGGACAAAAAUGUGUUUUGGUGCCUUCUCAGUUUGCCUCGAAGCAUAAAUACAGAUAUUUUAACUAAGGAAACAGACAGUGGAAAAAAUCAGGAUUUCUCUAGCUUUGAUGAUACUGGAAAAAGUAGUUUAGGUGACAUGUUCUCACCUAUCAGAGAUGAUGCUGUAGUUAACAAGGGAGGUGAUGAGUCCGUAGGCAAAGGAGAUGGCCUUGACUUUUUACCACAAUUGAACUCAGUGUUUCCUCCAAGAAAAAAUCCAGUAGCUUCCAGUGCUGCAAUACUGCAUUCUAGUCCUCUGAAUGUCUUUUUGGGCUCUCCAGGGAAAGAAGAAAAUGAAAAUCAUGAUCUGACAGCUGAAUCUAAGAAAAUCUAUCUGGGUAAACAGGAACCUAAGGACUCCUUCAAACAGUUUGCACAGUUGAUCUCUGGUGCUGAUACUGGAAAUCUGAAUACCUCUCCAUCAUCUAAUCAAACGAGAAGUCCUGAGAAAUUUGAAAAGCCGGAGAAAGAAAUUGAAGCCCAGUUAAUACAUGAAGCCCCGGUCAAUGGAUCCUCAACUCCAAAUCCAAAGAUAGCAUCCUCUGUCAGUGCUGGAGUUGCCAGUUCACUAUCAGAAAAAAUAGCUGAUACUAUUGGAAAUAAUCGGCCAAAUGCACCAUUGACAUCUGUUCAAAUCCGUUUUAUUCAGAACAUGAUACAGGAAACAUUGGAUGACUUUAGAGAAGCAUGCCAUAGGGACAUUGUGAAUUUGCAAGUGGAGAUGAUUAAACAGUUUCAUAUGCAAUUGAAUGAAAUGCACUCUUUGUUGGAGAGAUACUCAGUGAAUGAAGGUUUAGUGGCUGAAAUUGAAAGACUACGAGAAGAAAACAAAAGGCUACGGGCACACUUUUGAAAUUUCAGUGAAUACCUUAAUGUUUUGUAAUUCGAGAAGUUUUUGGCAACACAGAACUUUGUGAAAUCAGUAUUGUUUUCAUGGCCUCUGGGAAAAAAUUUUUUUUCAAGUAAAAGCGUGAUGGAAUUUUAUACCAACCACUAUUUCAUCUUCUCUGACUGUCAAAAAAUAUUUAUAUUUUUAUAUUAAAAACUGUACAAUGUCAUCAAGUAGGAAACCAACAGGAUCUUUAUUUUCUGAAAGCUUUAGCUAUACACUAAGUGCCCUUUUUCAUAAGAGUAGAAAACUGUGCAAAAAAAGGUUAUGUAUGUUUUUUAAUCUCCUUUUUUAACAGAUAUAUUUUUGAUUGACAUUUGUCUUCCAAAUUUUUUUGGAUGUUUGAGGAUUAAAGAGUUUGAUAUGCCUUCUAUUUUUAUGAAAGUAAUUUUCAAAUGGCAAUUGGUAUUUCUAAGCAGUUGACUAAUAAAAUACAAGGUUGGUUAGUAAUUAUUUUGUUAGCUUGAUGAAGUCAAGUAUGACUAUUAUUUAUUACUUGUACAUUUGAUAAGACAAUUUUUGGAAUUUUGAAUUGCACAGAUUACAUUAUACCUAUUGUGUUUAUGUUACUGUAUAAUACUUCUGACAAAUCUCUACUCCUGGUUGAUUUUUUUUUUUAGUUAACUUAACUUUACCUAUGAUAACUUUUAAAAGUUUAUAAGACUUAAGCAGAGCUGAAUUUCUCAUGAUUAUUUCAUGAAUUAAUAAAUACAAAAUUAUACAGUAAAGUUUCAGUCAACAUGAUUAACUUACAAUCAGUGAAAAUUUCAUAUUAGAUACUACUACAGUAUUAUUACCUUGUAUUUUCCCAGAUGAGAAGUGUGGAUUAUUUUGUUUUGUGGCCUGUAUCAUUAACUUUCUAUAAUUCUUUGUGUGCUGUGUGUAUUAUUUUUAUUGACCUUACCAUAAAAUUUAGGAAGGUUAAUUGUCAAAAGAAUUUAUACCUCUGACAACAGGUGGAUGUGUACAUCUGCUUAUGUGAUCUGCAGCUUCAGUGGUGUAAGACGAGGAGGGCUACUGGCGUGUUUACCUUCUUGUAGUCUCUUCUUCCAAAGAGUUAACUAUACCUUGUAUACCGCACUCCUGCCCCAUUUUGACUUCUGAGAUGAAAAUAUUUACUAAAAUGAAAAAGAAAUCUAGCUAGCUUACUAACUUUAUGGUUUUCCAAAGCGAUGGAAAAUUUUAAGGCUAUAUUAAGUGUAAACAUACUAAUAAUUACUUUUAAGAAAUAAAAACAGAAAUAUUAUCUUUUCCCAGAAUAUAUUUGUACUGAAGCAUAAAGGGGUGCUAAUGUGAUCUUUCUCCUGACGAAUUAUAAAAGCAUUAUGACUUGUAACAAGUUUCCUUAUAUAUCAUUAUCGAACAGGUUUAGAAGACAUAUAAGUGUGUUUGCCUACAUGCUGUAUUUAGAUCCAUUAUUAUUUUCCUAUUGCCUUUUUCUAUACAUGCACUUAACGUGUAUUAAAAGAAGUGAGAUAAAUAAAACAAUUUUAGUAUCUUCAUGUGUAUAGACAAAACAUUUU